AUGGCCUCUUUCCAGGACCGUGCCCAGCACGCCAUUGCUCAGCUUGACAAAGAGCUCUCCAAGUACCCUGUCCUCAACAACCUUGAGCGCCAGACCUCCGUCCCCAAGGUGUAUGCUAUCCUUGGUGUUGUUGGAAUCUACACCUUCCUUGUCUUCUUCAACAUCGCCGGCCAGCUCCUCGUCAACCUGGCCGGAUUUGUCAUCCCAGGCUACUACUCCCUCAAUGCUCUCUUCACAGCCUCGAAGGCCGAUGACACUCAGUGGUUGACCUACUGGGUUGUUUACGCCUUCUUCACCGUCAUCGAGAGCGCUAUCUCUGCUCCUUACUGGUUCCCCUUCUACUACAUCUUCAAGUUCGUCCUUGUUCUCUGGAUGGCUCUUCCCCAGACCGGCGGUGCCCAAAUUGUCUUCAACUCUCUGCUCCAGCCCGUCUUUGGCCGUUUCUUCGUCGGUGGCUCUACCUCCGCCAACCUCCGGGCUCAGGCUGACGCUGCCGCCAAGUCUCAGUAA